GCACCUCCAAGCAUUUGCGUCGUCGUUGCACAUCUGGAGAGCGGGUUCGCUCUGAAUUUGAAACAAACGUCCUCACAGCAGCAGCACGCACAGAAAGCUGCAUUCUUCUGCGCAUCUUUGACCUGUCAGCUGAGUUUUGCUGAUAUAUGUGUCAGUUUCCGGAAACAGUGUUCAGGUAUAGCUGGAGCCUUCGUAGGUGGAUGAACAGCCCGGCUACAGCAGCCCAACAGCUGGAUGAAGUCCGGGAACAUCUGCGGCGCCUGUUCCGGAGUGCGUAAAGAUGAAGCAGCAGCUGGAUGGCUCCGUGCCGCUUGUCCCGGUUGAAACAUCCCGGGAAUGAGUGUGUGUAUGUGUCACAGCCUGAGGGGAUCUAUAAUAGGAACACUUUCUCUCUAUUUGGAACUAAAUGAAACAGUUAAACUCGCGGAAGAAUCCGCUCUCUGAGCAGACAGGGAUGAAUCAGAUGGAGCUUUCCUCUGAGGAGUUGCGUUCUCUUCCUCCAAGACCUCCGAUCAUACCUGCAGCUUCUCCAAAGAGACGGUUUGUGAAGGUGGGGAGGAAGACGAGUGAUGGCUCUCAGCAAUCCGCUUCGUCCACUUCAUCAAGCAGCAGGUCAGCUGAGGGUGUUACCAUCAGGCAGCCCAGCAAGGGCCGCAUCCGCCGCCACACCAACCGCCUCUCAGGAGUCUUCCUCCGGGUCCCUGCCUCCAGCCCAGCCUCCAUGGCACUGACAGCAGGCAUCAGGUCUUCCUUGUCCAUCCAGCCCAGAAAAGGCAGCGUGAUCUCUGCAGAUGUUUUAAAAGCCGACGACCCGUCCGAGCUGUCCAAUCAGAUGACUGCGCCAGGGAUCCUGAAGAUCUUUGGAAAUGACAUCUGUGAGGGGGCGCACUACAAGAGCGUGCUGGCCACCACUCACUCCAGUGCGAGGGAGCUGGUCAAAGAGGCCCUCGAACGAUAUGGCCUGGGUAAGAGGGAAGCAGAGUCCUAUGUUCUCUGCGACACUAUUGGCUCCAUCGCUGAUCACCAGUGGAAGACAGAGGGUUUCCGAGUCGUGGGUGAGAAUGAGAAGCCCCUCCUCCUGCAGUCACUAUGGAAACCCAGAGAGGGCCUGGCGAGACGGUUUGAACUCCAGAGGAAGAGCUGUGUGGAUGAGAAGACGGCCAAGGACAAAGACACCAUUACUGCUGGUAUCAAUGCCCAGGCUCGAAAGCUGCAGAAGAGCCGCUCCAGGGUGACCUCCACCUUCAUGGAGAGGACGAUGGGGCGCAACCACAAGAUGUGGAGGAGCAAAAGUGAGAUGGACCUCUUAGACUCUGACCCAGAGAACCAACUGGACACAGAUCAAGAAAACUGUCAGAAGGAUCGAAGCGUGAGCCUGAAUCACACUUCAGCACAGAGUUACAAGAGUCCCAAAACAAGCCCCGAACAGAAUCCCAUUCACAGCGUCACAGCUCCUUCUGAGGGGGACGGCGGGUCGCGGGCCAAAACAGAGAGCCUCUGUCCGUCCAAGCAGAGAGGCGAGCGGGAAGGAGAGGAAUCAGAGAGGGAGGAGACGGAGAGCAGCGACGAUAGCACCACACAGUACUCCAUUCACCCUCCACAUGACUGUCCAUACCUGCUGCUGCUGCAGGGCUGCAGCCCUGCACAGGACUUUGUCAUCUACCUUCUCGCUGGGCAAAACAUUGUGUUUGGACGGCAAAGUGAUAUAGAAGACGGGUCAAAGCCUGACAUCCUCCUCUUUGCCGCUGACAUCCUUCCAAGGCACUGCUAUUUUCACCGCCUCAGCGUUGGCAGCACCCCCGUGCUCGGCCCUUGUCCGAACGCCAUGGUCACGAAGAACGGCGAAGUGCUGAGAGAGGAGGUGCAGCUCAACCCUGGUGAUGUCAUUGGGUUGGGCCAGUGUUACCUCUUUCUGUUCAAGGAUCCAGUCGCUCUGACUCAAAAGGAAGGGAACAAUGUUCCUGGACCCACCAUGGCUGUUUCUCCCUGGAUCCUGGAUCACACCACUUCUGCCCCAACAAAAAGCAAAACUCUGAUCCUCUGCGACACCUGCACUACAACCUGCACUGACCUCCAGAGCUCCAGCAGCAAACAGUCUCUGAUCAGAGGUCAACCCUUCCUGAAAUCACCCAAAGGCCUCAGCCUGACUGUGAAAUACGAGACAGAGGACGAGUACAGAAUCGUUAAGGAGAUCGUCGCUAUGGGAAGAAGCGGCAUCAAAGACAGACCGCCACUGACUGUUUCUUUCCUGCUGUGCCUGUGUGUUCAGUAUUCAUCAGCUAGUCUCCAUACAGCAGAUCUCCGCAGGCUGCUGCUGCUCAUCGCAAGUGGAGUUCAGAGUGCCAUGUGGGAUUACACUAAGGACCUGGCUGCAGCUCAACCUGAACCUCUCAACAGUGAGGGCUCAAAUGAUGAGAACCUCCAGGAUCUCGUCCUGCAGGAGGUGAUGUCAGGACUGCGCCCCCUGGUGGUGUGGAUGUCAAACAGCCUGGAGCUGCUGCAUUUCAUCCAGUUCCAGCUGCCUCUGAUUCUGGAGUGGAGAACCCGGAAGGAGCAGGGACUGGAGGAUGAAGAGGGGAAGGAGGAUGAGGAGAACAAGGAGGCAGAGAGCUGGGCCCUGCUGGAGCUGCGUCUGUCCUGUGUUCGUUCAGCCAGUGAGGAGACGUUAGCGGUCCUGGAGGAGGUCUUGUUGCUUGCCUUCCAGCAGUGUGUGUACUACAUCACCAAGGUCCUCUAUCCCAUCCUGCCGGGCCUUCUGGACUGCAACCCGUUCAGGGGGACGUCUGUACUGGAGGUGUCCGUCGAUAGUGCUCAGGUCUUUGGAAAGGGUGGGCUGCAAGUCCCCGGUGAGAUCCAGCAGCUGGUAGAGGUUCUGACUGAGACCUGGAAACUGCUGUCAGACUGUCAGCUCCAUGCAGAGAUUUCCUCGCAGCUGAUUGGCUACCUCUUCUACUUCAUCAAUGCAUCACUCUUCAACUCACUCAUGGAGAGAGGCUCCGAGCGAGGCUUCUACCAGUGGUCCAGAGGCAUUCGCAUGCGGUCCAAUCUCAACUUCCUCCUGGACUGGGCCCACACAGCUGGACUGGGAGAACUGGCCUUGAAGCAUACACACACUCUCUCAUCUGCAAUUAAUCUGCUGGCUACACCCAGAAAGAAUUUACUACAGAAAUCAUGGGUGACCCUGCGGUCUGAGUACCGUGCUCUGAGUCCGGCCCAGCUGAACCACCUGCUGAGUCUGUACAGCCCGGCGUCUCCCUUCAAACACACCUGGGCCCCAUCUGUCCAUGACCAGGCUGCAGCACUAAAAACUGAUGACAUCUUGGAGAGUUUUGACACCCAUCAUCCUCUGGUGCUGCCGGACAGCGGUUACCAGUUCCAGCUGAGGACCGAGGUCACAGAUUUGUUCCUGAGUGAACAGCUGGACACGCUCAAAGAGUUCAUCUCAUCCCUCUGUGCCUCAAAGUAUGAUGUGGUCAACGCAACUGAUGAACAAAAGGUUGGUACCAGCCCCGCUGAGAUGAAACUAACAAAGAUGGUCAUCCAUCCAGCGAGCAUUCAGGAAACUUUAGAUAAAUCUGCAGCUGAGAUAUUCUUAUCUCAGUCUUCUCUCCAUGAGCUCCAGUCCCCCUCGUCUCCCUCUGCUGCCCUGCCUCCAUCACCCCCAUCACCACGCUCUCCUCCCUCCAUCCAGUGUUUUAAUGAGAUCAGCACCAGUGGCGCCCUCCUGUUGUCCCAUAAGCUCAGAAACCUGGAGAUACAGGGCAGAGAGACGGACACAGGUUCCAUACGGAGGUCAGCUCUGGACCCUACCUGUCUCCCCACCCCACCCAACACCCCCCACAUCAUUCAUCCCAUCGACCUGGUGAAGGCGGAUAAAUGGGUGAGGGGUGAGAGUGAGACACUGCCCUGGUCCUCGAGUGUGGAUUCAUAUGAUAAAGGUGGACUGAUGUUUGAAUGUCUGUCCGCUCUGAAAGGAGACACUUUUAAAUCCGAGUACCCCAGUCUGAAAAGGUUUGUGAAGCUCAGAGAAGAAGAGGAGAGGCAGCUGGGGGAAGAGGUAGAUGAUCAUUACGAUGACGAUGACUACGAGCUGUUUAGCAUCGAGCUGGAGCGAGGUGCAUGUGGAGUUGGUCUUGCCCUGAUUGACACACGGGACACCUCCCUGAGAGUGAAAGGUGUCUUCAUCCGUGCUGUGGUCCCAGACUCUCCAGCAGCCCGGAGUGACAAGCUGCAACCAGGAGACCGAAUCCUGGCUGUUAACGGUGUCAGUCUGUUUGGACUGGACUACCAAAGUGGAAAGGAGCUGAUCCAGUCUUCAGGUGACCGGCUGAGGUUACUGGUGGCCAGAUCUGAAUGGAUGGCGAAAGCUAUAAAGGCUGAAUGCUGACAGAGCUUUCCUGGAGACAUUAAAUGCACCAUGAGUGCACUUAGAGCUGAAUAGAAAAGAGAUGAUUGGACACUGAAUCACCUCUGCUGUCCCUUUUUUCUGCACAUCACUGUCAAGCCUGGCUUUAGUGAAGCCUUGAUUUAAGUCGUGUCUUAAACCAGAUGCUGAAGGUUACUUGACCACAGUCUGAUUGCCUUCUAAUCACAGAGUCCUCCAUACAGUCACCACUAGAGGAGCCAUAUGAGCGAGGGACAACUUGUACUACAAUACAUGCUAUUAAAAAGACAUCUUGGGAUAUGAAGGCCUUAAACAAGUUGGUGCUGUCACCUGGAUGUCCAUGCACCUGUAAGGGUCUGCUAAGUUUGAAUGCUUGGCCAGAUUGGUCAUCUAAUCUCUAAUCUAGUCUGCUUCGCUUUAACAAAUCAACCGUGGUACGCUCUGGUUUGGCCAAGGUGUCAAAUCAUGCACCCCAUGUAUAGAAGUAACAGUCCUGGGUUUGAUUCCCAUUUACCACAUGUAAUCCCCCACUCUCUCAUUCCUGUAUCCCGUUAGAUACACAGUCUUUGCUUCUCAAUAGAGGCAUGAAAUAAUGAACAAAAAUAAUGUAAAAGUAGAAGAAAAGGCAGCCGGGGGGAUGAGGGACUCCAGUUUAGGGGCUUGAGAAUUUAAUCUCUGCUUUCUACGAUGUGGUUCUGUUGGCUCCUUCGAGCUGGGACCUCCAGCAGGCAUUGGGGGGGUUUGCAGCUGAGUGCAAAGAGGCCGGGAUGAGAGUCAGUACCUCCAAAUCUGAGGCCGUGGUUCUCUGCUGGAAAAAGGUGUAUUGCUCUCUCUGGGUAGGGAGCGAGUCUUUGCCCCAAGUGGGUAAGUUUAAGUAUCUCUGGGUCUUUUUUGCGAGUGAGGGUAAAGUCGAGCCUGAGAUCCACAGGCGGAUUGGUGGUUACCAAUGUGGUGAAGAGGGAGCUGAGCUGGAAGGCAAAGCUUUCAAUUUACCAGUCGGUCUACGUUCCAACCCUCACAUAUGGUCAUGAGCUGUGAGUCAUGACCGAAAGCAUAAGACCGCGUAUACAAGUGGCCGAAAUGAGUUUCCUCUGAAGGGGGUCUGGGCUCAGCCUGAGAGAUAGGGUCAGGAGCUCAGACAUCUGGAGGGAGCUCGGAGUAGAGCCGCUGCUCCUACGCAUCAAAAGGAGCAAGCUGAUGUGGUUCAGGCAUCUGAUAAGGAUGCCUCCCGGACAUCUCCCUUUAGAGGUGUUCUGGGCAUGUCCGUUUGGGAGAAGGCCCCGGGGUAGACCUAGAACUCGUUUGAGGGAUUGAAUAUCUCACCUGGUCUGGGAACGCCUCGGGAUCCCCCAGGAGGAGCUUGAAAGUGUUGCCGGGGAGGGGGAUGUCUGGGCUGAUCUGAUUGGACUGUUGCCUCCACGACCCGACCCCAGAUAAGUGGAAGUAAAUGGAUGGAUGGAUAAUAGAAGAGAAGUUAAUGUUCUGGUCCAGCUUAGAAUAAAGGGUGCUUCAGUGUAGAAUAAUCAGCUGUACUUUUGGUAAGUGGACUGAAUUUGUGAAGCUCUUCUUUAGUCCUUCAGACCACUAAAAGCACUUUUACAUUACAUGUCACAUUUACCUGUUCACCCCACAUUCAUACUCUGAUGCCAGAGGCUGCUCUGUAAAGUGAACGUCAGUAUUUACUACAAGUCUCACAAUGGCCGCACUUUAGAGCUGCUCUGUUGUUGACACUAAAUCACUCUAACCCAACGUUAGUCACGUGUGUGUCGUGAAACAACGAGGCCUUACUAAUGUGUCGUUUCAUUCUACUCUGUACUUUAGGUUUUUGAUUCAUCAUCUACAUAAAGUGAUUGGAUGUGUGAUAAAUGUUAUUGAUAAAUACUCUUCUGAAUGAUAAAUGUAUCGUCAAACAUGUUGUCUCAUUUAUUUAAUGAUUCUUCCAUAAGCAGGAUGUUUCUUGAGCUGUCAUUGUUCCAGUUUGUCUGCAGUCACAGAGAGUGAUGCCGCUGUGUUUGUCCUCUGAACUAUAGGGUCCAGAUCUGAUUGUUAUUUCUUUUUUGAGCUGUUUUUUUUGGUUGUCUGUCUAUUGUUUCAGCAAUAAAUACAUUUAAACUCUA